AUGAAGUUCUCUACCGCUCUCUUCACCAUUGCCACUUUGGCCACUUCUGUCUUUUCCACAGCUCUUAGCCCCCCUGACAACUCAGCCAUUGGAGCUGUUAACAUGGAUGUCCGCGAGGUCGCCCCUCUCGACUCAUCCCCCCUUGAAGCCCGCCAGGGCUGCUUCACCCACAUCCUCCCGGUUCUCAGAAUCAACCGAGACAACCGCCGAGAUAUCCAGGGUGAUCUCGACGCCCGCCGCUCUAUCGAGUGGAACCCGAACCGUAACGUUCGUGCCAUCAUCGACUUUUCGUCUACGACCACCCGAAACCGCCAGCUUAGAUACCAGAUUACCAACCGAUCUCAGCUGUUUGGCGCAGCCAUCAUCUUCAGCAACUACCAAGACACUAUCACCGGCACGGUUAGGGAGACCAUCAGGGUCCUGAUCGGUCGCGCUACCGGAAUGAGUCUCAGCCCGACCCCUACGACCGGCGCCGGCUGCAUCGUUCUCCCUCGUCUAGAUGGUACCUGGUAUGCCCAGCUAGAGUAG